UCGGAAAAGACGCUAAUGGAACAAGUAACGUUCAUCGACAUCGAAGAUCGAUUCACUGGGCCCUAGACUGACGGAAUGAAAACAAGGAUGUGCUUAAUAUUCAGCAUCCGCACUCAAUGAAGCGACUCGCCUCCCUUCCCAGCUACCCGGCGUUCCAUACAUGCAUCUCAAAUAACGUCAUGCUUUACGAGUAUAAGCAGUUCUUGGCGACUAGAAUGGUCAUUUGUCCCACAGAAAUGGUCGUUUGUGCCAGUGCUACAGACAGACGGAUAGACAGACACAGGUGAAUUACGGUUUCUAGACCCUAUCCUUUCAGUCUAGGGAAUAUGGAAACAAAUGAGUUCCGAAAGAACUUUAUUUAUAUUCAAAGAACAAGAUAAAUAUCAGAUUGCACGUCGUGACGCUUCAGGAAAAUUAUAUUAUAAGGAAGGGAUAGGAAAUCGAUAUAUCUCAUGUCCGGUAAAUUCAGAUCGAGUUAUUACAAUGCACCGGUUAGUAGACAUUUCUCUAUGUGUAUUGUUGCCUAGACUAAUAAUUUUUAUCUGUAGAUAUUAUGCUACAAAUUCAAGCAAUCCUUCGCUUCGUCGAAUGAUAGCUUAUGCGAGCCAAACGUUGGCAGAAGAUGAUUCGACUAAACUGAAUCUGCCUAUCUUUUUACAGAAUGCGAUCGGUAACUAUGAUAACAUCGAAAGUCUACGACUGAAACCACAUGGUAAUGCGAAAAAAUCGGAUCGUUCAUUCACUUCCACCUUAUCUUUUCGUUCUCAAUCAGAUCAAAGUGAGUUCAACUAGGUAUAUCACAAUGACAAUACAGUAUUGAUGGUAUUGGUUUUGACAGGUAUUGAUACUGAAUAGGGUUGACACUUUAACUUUAAAAAAAUCAAAGUUAAAGUAGAAUUUCUUUCACUAAAGAAGAACUUUUGUAAGAAAAAAAGGGAUGUUUUAUAAAGUUUGAUCAGAAGUUUUUACGGUUGAGGAAUAUGAAUCUGAUAUCGGCUUUUCGAAAUUUUGACUUUGAUUUUUUUCACAAAAAACUCUUUUUUUUUUGUAAAAUCAUUUUUUAAAAAAACCUUUUUUUGUGAAAAAAUCAAAUUCAGAACUUCGAGGAACCGAUUUCAGAUUUGGAUUCUACAAGCUCCAAGACUUCUGAUCAAACUUUAUAUAAAAUUGCUUUUUUCUUAAAAAACUUUCUUUAGUGGAAGAAAUUCUACUUUAACUUGGAUUGUUUUAAAGAUUAAAGUGCUAACCCUACUCAGUACCAAUACCGAUCAAUAUCAAUACUAGUCAUGACCAACCGGUAUUGGUUUUGUGAUAGGUCUAAGUUCAACAUUGAAAAUAAUAAUAAUAAUUUAAUUAUUUCUUGUGCAUAAAUAGUCACACCCGCGAUAUCUAAAACCUUCAACCAUCUACAAUGCAGCAAUUAAUAAUGUUGAAGAACUUUCCUUACUAUUGUUAACAACAGUUCGCGAUCGUAAUCAAGUAUAUAAUGCGCAACAAAAAAGCGAAUCCAAUGUAGAACAAUAUUUAGUUAUUAUGGGAAACCUAGAAAAGUCUAACAGCAUCGUGGUCCGUUUUUUGAUGAGUCGAAGGGAAGCGCCAGUGUUGAUGUUGUCACAACCAUAUAUGAUUAAAGAAUUAAAACGGUGCUGUAUCAAUCCUUGUGAUCGAACACAACCAUCAGUAUUAUGUAAUUUUCACUUUUACUUUUCUAAUAGCAAUCUGUUGUUAAUCUGAAUACGUAUUGAUACAACAUUUAAUCUUGACCGCUUUUUCGUCACACCAAUAGCAUUUCGAAAUACAGCCGCUCAAUAUCGCAAAACUAAGAAGGCACCGAUUUUUAUUGGACCAACAAUGAUUCAUUACCGAGACGAUGCACAGUCGUAUCAGAAGCUAUUGGAUUAUGUGCGUCCUGAACUGGGCGAUUGUAGUACACUCGUGAUUGGGAGUGAUGGAGAAAACGCAAUUCAAAAGGCAGUGGAGAGUGUCUUUCCGGAUUCGACCCAUCUUUAUUGUACAUGACAGGUGCGUCAAAGCAUUGAACGAUAAUUGAUGAAAUACCGUACGGCAUUAGACGAACGUCGUGGUUUAAUGGAACUCAUGUUUGAUUCUUCUGAAUCUCUUAUUCAGUCAGAGACAGAAGAAGAAUUUCAAGGCAGGUUGAACGAGCUAAGCGAAUAUUGGAGAACGAUCCAGAGACGUGAUCAAACUUCUUUUAAUGGAGCUGCCGAUUUUUUUCAAUGGUUCAAUCAGUAUCAAACGAAUAUUUUUCAUAAUCAUUUAACAGCUGCGGUCCGUAUACCCAGAGCUCGGUAUGAUUCUGGAGAGCUAGAACUAGUACCUCCUUAUUCCAGAUACACAUUUGUAGUCAUCAUCAUAACUUAUUACCGGAAUAUUCAUAGGUUUGUCUGUGACUCACAUAUAUGGUCUGCUAAAAGAGUUGAAGAGCGCAACGAAAUUAUUGUCAACUACUAUAGCUAUACUCCUGCAGCUUCGAAACCGAGACGUAACCUCAACAUUCCCCAAAAUGCAGGAAGAAAACCAGACCGAUCAAAUGUUCGUGGAUCAUCAACAGUCACAAUAAAGAAGAAAUUAUUAUUAUAAGCGGCUUUUAUUAAUCUUAUAACUUUUAUUUCUAGCAUGACAUUAUCUAAUCCCUUCUUUCAGUACCCAUGCUCGUAUCUAUUAUCGCCAAAAUUUCUAAUCGUUUUAUCAUAUAGUGAAAAGAUAAUCAGUGAGCAGGGUGUGGGUGUUGGUGUGGGUGUGUGGGUGUGGGUGUGGGUGUGGGUGUGGGUGGAGUGGGUGUGGAUGGAUGUGGAUGGGUGUGAGUGGGUGUGAGUGGGUGUGAGUGGCAGUUAAGGAAAGAUUCGUGCCCACACCCACACCCACCAUUUCUUUCGAUGCAAUCCUAUGCUUCCAUAUAUGAACUUUGAUUGCUAAAUAACUCCAAAGUUGGAAACUUCUUUUUUUAAACUUUUUUGUUUUGUUUUAGAGGAACAAGUAGAUGGUGAAACUUUAUUUUAUAUGAAUGAUUUGGAUCUAUUAAAGCCAUUCAAAUUAUCUUACAAAAAUCAAAUAAUGUUUUUGAAAGAAACAGAAAAAUUUUUUUUGUCGAAAACAAUUUAAAAAAACCAAAAUCACCAUCAAUUUCAAAUGAUGCACCGUUGAUAAGUAUCGAUGAAAUGAAUUAAUUCAAUCAGUAGUGAAUUUUUCAAGUAGUACAACAACAAUAAGAACAAAAUAUUUAGAAGAAGAAAAACUACUUCGAGAUCUAGAUUUAUUACCAACUUUACCAAAUCAAAUAAAUGUUGCAAUAAUUCUUAAACAAAUGGUUAAAUUCGAAAAACUUCGUAAUUUUCAAUUAAUUGUUGUUGAUUCAGUUUUUCAUGAUUUAAAAACGAAGUAUAAUUUGUUGUGAGUAUCACACUUUUGAAUCAUUAAGUCAAGUAUCUUCUCUUAUCCAAUGAGGAAGCCUUAAAAGACGUAUAAAAAAAUAACUACAUGAGAAUCGAAAAAAUUGACCAACUAUCAAUAAAUGUAAACGAGAUACGUAUAUCAUGUAGUAGAUCAAAGUUCGAAUUGGAAGUCUAAAGUUGUCUACGCUGAGUAUUAGUAUUGAAAAUUGAUUUUAUAUAUAUGUUUUUCUCUUCAUAGAUAUCCGACGAGAGCACAAUAUAUAACUAUUGUCAUUGGCAUACUGAAUCAUUUGGGUAUUGAACGUGAUGCAAAAAACGCCGUGAGUGAAUAUGAAAUUUAUUGUUACAAAAGUGCAAUUAUUUUAUAUUGUAGGAUUCAUGGCAUGAGUCUUUAAUCUCCAAGUAUAAAUGAGAACGUCAAAAUCUUAGUGAUGAUAAAAUUAUCGAAAUGAAACAAAGAUACUCAAAGAUGAAUCCAGAAAGAAAAAUAAAAGGAUUUCCUAUGACACAAAUGUCGAAAAGAAAUUCGUUAAAAAUAGUAGGCUACAUUAAGAAAAGUAAAAAAGACGUGUAUGUUUUGUUUUUUAGAUUUCAAUAGUGGAAGGUACAUCCAAUGAUUCAAAACAAAUGAAAGCAAAAACUGAAAUAAUAAAUAAAAAUUUUCUAAAUAACUCAUUUGAUGAUCAAAUUUAUAAACAAUUAUGGACUGAAACACAUGCAUAUCGACAAAGUUUUAUCAAGCAACACACAACUACAGAUAUUAUGGAACAAUUUCCUGUAUUAGCAGAUGUUAAAAUAUUAACAAGUGUCGAUUUGGAUUAUUGCGUUAAAGAAAAAAUGGAUAUGCUUCCAAGUAAAAUUUGCUCCGAUAAUCAAUUUCCAAUAGAUAAUCCAAGUAUUCGUUGCUUUAAAGUGUUGUGUAAUAUAUUAAACGAUUCAUGGAAACACUAUAUUUGCUUUUAUCCUGAGCCAACAAUAGUUGUGGAAGAUGAUAAUAUAAAAAUUUAUCUUGAUUGGACAUUCAUUUGUUCUUCAAAUUCAAUUGAACAAUCACUUACUGUAUUUGUUGGUUUAUAUUAUUUGAUGAAUUUCAAAUUCCAUGCAUAUCGUGCUGUUAUACGAUUUGUAUAUGUUUAUUUCUUGAAUGAUAAACAACAACAAUCAAAUAGUAUCCGAAGAUUUUGUAAAGAAUACAAUAUUGAACUUCAAGAUAAACCUUCACCAUGUCUUAAUCCACUUGAACAAACAACAAAUAGCAAUACAUUAAAUCUAGAAGAACUUAAAGAUGAUGAUCAUGAUUCAACCGCUGUUUCUGAAGAAAAAAAAUAA